AUGACGCUGGCCAUCGAUGCGAUGGCAGAGGUGGAGCAAUUCUCGCGAGAUCUCCGGCGAGGGUGCGAUCCCACCAGCGACAGCAACCUCCAGAACGGUGACCGGACCGCCAAUGGCUCGCCCAAGAAACGAAAGAGAAGUCGCAAGGCCCAGCCGGGCAAGAGAUUCGAAUGCAAGCACGAGGGUUGUGGGAAGAGCUACACCAGAGCGGAGCACUUGUACCGUCAUCAACUGAACCACACUCCCAAGCAGAUAUAUCGAUGCGACUUCCCGGAUUGCUAUCGUUCCUUUGUCCGCCAGGACCUCUGUAUCCGCCAUCGGGAACGACAUACCACCCAUGGCUCCCAACUGCAAAAGCGUGACAACUUCGCCCUGGCCGCCAGCAACAUGGCCUCUGUCAGUCGUCCGCCUCCUCCUCCUCCUCCUCCUCCUCCUCCGUCGGCACCUGCCCGGGAUGAGAGCAUCUCAACUCGUAGCACUGCAGCUAUGGUUUCUCCGCCGUCGACGUCCACCAACGUCGCCCCUCCAUCGACCGUUGCGGGCUUGUACACCUCGACAUUGGGGCCUGCCAUACCGGCGGAAGGCGCCUAUCAGCCAUUGACACCGCAGACAGGCUAUGGCAGCUCCGACGCAGGUGUCAAGCAGUCAGACAGCGGGAGCAGCUACACCUUGAGUCCGGCCCAGCCUCAAUCCGGCCCGACGUACGGACCUGCGAAACUCCCAACCACGUACGCACAGCUCGAGACGGCCAACUAUCACAAUGCCCCAUUCAGCCCGAGUGAACUGGGACGCAGUCCAACCACCGCCAAUUCUGGGUCGGCAGUGGCGUAUUCCGGAUUGCCCAUGUCAACCCUGCCCCAGUCUGGGUAUUCUACCUCAAAUCUCCAUCGCGAAGCAUCAGUUCCCUAUACGACUGCGGGGCUCAGUGCACUGGACACCGUCGCUGGUGGUAUCGUCCCCAGUUCCACUGUUGACGGCGAAACAAAGUCGUACCCUUACCCAGUGUUUGGUGGAGAGACCUACAACCGAUCGCCGUUUGCCAUGGCUGAUGACUUUACUGCCUGGCUCUUCAACGACCCGGGUUCCGGCUCAUCGCCUGUCAAUUAUUCAGCCAUGCUGCCCUCUGGCUACUCCGAUCCCACCCAGGUGCAGACUCCGUUCUUCAUGAACGAUCAGACGUAUGGUUCUUACCUUGGCAACGUCGCCCCACAGCAUCCAAUGAGUGUCACAAGCAUUCUGGAUUCGGCGCCCCCCGAAGCCAUGAUGUCGGAGGAAAAACGGCAAGAUAUUCUACACCUGAUCAGCACCCGAUUUAACGACGCGGCGCAUUCGGCGGUCCGCACCCGGAAGGAAGAAUUGAUGGAAGGCGACAUUGACGCCGACGACCAUAUUUUGAGCCUGCGCAUGAUGCAGACGUAUGUGGGAUCUUACUGGUUACAUUUCCACGCGCAAUUGCCGAUCCUACACAAGCCCACCUUUGUCGCGGACAGGACUCCAACUCUUCUGCUGCUUGCGGUUAUGGCAAUUGGUGCUGCAACCCUGGAAAAGAUCCACGGACACACCGUCACCGAGAUGGCCGCCGGUCUAGCCAAUUUCCUGGCCUGGCACAUUCGUUGGGAGAUCUUUAUGGAUGCAGACUUUCGCCCGCCGGCGAAGCUAUGGGUGUUUCAGACCUUGCUCCUGUUGGAGGUCUACGAGAAGAUGUAUUCGACCCGGGCCCUUCACGAGCGUGCCCACAUCCAUCACGAUACCACACUGACCCUGAUGCGCCGUGGCAGCUCGUUGAUCGGGAGGUCCUCCUUCGAUUCACCAGCAAGCUUUCGUGAAGACCGGCAAGGGCGGUCGACGGCGAUAUCGGAUUCCGGGACUACCGACGAUUCAUGGGCGCACUGGAUCAAGACCGAGGCCACAAGGAGGGUUGCGUUCGGCGCCUUUGUUAUGGACUCGAUUCACGCCACCAUGUUCGGCCAUUCGGCAAAAAUGGUGGCCCAUGAGAUGCGACUCCCACUCCCUUGUGAUGAAGCGUUGUGGUCGGCCACUAGUGCUGCCGAAGUGGCUCGGAUGCAGGCGAGCCUACAGGCCAACGGGGUCAAGCCCAUCAUGUUUCUUGAUGGCCUCAAGAAGACGCUCACCGGGCAAAAGGUGCGGACCAACGCUUUUGGACGGACCAUCAUCAUGGCGGGUCUGCUCAGCGUCAGCUGGCACAUGAACCAACGGGACCUCCAGGUCAGCUCCCUGGGUGUUGUACAGGCUCUGGGAGGUCGAGACAAGUGGCGAUCAGCUUUGCUGCGCGCCUUUGACAACUGGAAACGCGAUUUUGAUGAGGCCUUGGCUGAGUCUGGCUCCCGCGCGUAUGCCAACUUGUUUCAGCAGCAGUUCAAUGAGCAAGACAUGUUCGAAUCCCGCACCGUACUACACCAUCUGGCUCACAUGGCCUCCCAUGUCGAUAUUGUUGAUUGCCAAAUUUUUGCUGGUGCAGGCCGGCUUCUGGGCCGGUCCAUCACGCCCAAAGACUAUAGCACAGCACGGGAGAAGAUGACGGAACAUUGGGCGACGAAAGCGUCAGCCCGCGAUGCCACGUUCUAUGCGCUCAAGUUUCUCGCCCAGGUGUUGCUUCCGGCAAAUGAUGGCCGUGUGGGUCCAGACGGAGAGUCUUUGAUGAAAGCGCCGGGAUAUUCGGCGCGCGAGGAUUUCCUUCUGAAUCGCUCAUGGGUCGUUUAUUUUGCUGCUUUGGUGGUCUGGUCGUAUGGCUACGCGCUCGAAGGCCCCAUCCCGUCGCCUCCGGAGCUGAACACGGUGGCCGAUCAGAUUCGGGACAUGCAGCACUUCUUCGAUACUGUAGGCGCAGUUCGCGAACCCAACGAUCUCGAGAAAGUCACGGGGCGAAAUCGGUGCAUGGGGCUGCUGAUGAUUCUGCGGACCAGCUUUCUCGACACGCGAUGGGAGCUCCUACAUGAGGCCGCCAAUCUUCUGGAAAGCUGUAUCGGGAAGUUAAAAGGGCCGCUUCCCCCAAAAUAG